AUGACUGCCUCACUUAGCACAAGAACUACUAACCGGAGUACUUACGUGGACGCCGGUCUUUGUGCGCAUAUUCGCAUAAUCACAGUUUUGCUAUUAGUUAUAGCCACCGGCAAUAGUUGUGUAAAAGGUGCAGUCAAUGCUUAUGAGUUUCGCGCUUAUACUGAUAUCUUAGCACAACAACACAUCAAGCAUGCCAUUGUGGCUUACAAUGGUGAAAUGCUACAAUCACUGCAGCAGAAGAAUACUUUACGUUCGCUGGCUGAUAUGACAACAGUUCACUUUUACGACGUCCAUCAAGCGAUGAAUUCUAAAAACUUUACAGACUUUGAAAAUCUCUUCUACCAUGACUCACCGCGCGUUGGUAUCUACUUAACCCAACUGGAAGAUGUCUUGUUGCAAGAACACGUACUAGGCACGAAUGUGCUUAGCGCUGCUGGUGCUGCUGUCACCGGUGCUUACGCUGGUGUGCACGCUAAUGUUGGUUCGCGUUUCAACAAUUCCCAGGUCUGGUUUAUAAUGUCCACGCAGCAUAGUGUUGAGACGGCAAUAGCGAAUGCGAGACGAGUGAUGACACUGUUGCCUUUAAAUAUUAGCGCUGACAUCACAUUGGGUGUAAGAAUGGAAAGCAACAACACAAUUCAACUUUUCGAUAUAUACAAAAUACAACCCGAUUGGUUGGAAAUUGAAGCCAAAGGAUACUGGAGCCCCAUCUAUGGUAUACAACUAAAAAAACGCUUUCGCCGAAGCUUUGUGGGCAGGCGCCGCAAUUUCAAGGGAUUACAAUUGAGAGCCGGUAUAGUGAUAAGGGAGAAGCCCGAAGGUAUGGAUGAGCUUGACUAUUUGAAUACUUUGAAUUAUCAAAAACUCGACCCAAUGCAAAGAAGAGUAUACCAACUGAUGAAGUUGUUGGAACCGAUGCUCAACGUGAGCUUUCAAGCUAUACUCAGAGAAUCUUGGGGUAGAAGCUGGCCUAAUGGCAGUUGGGAGGGCGUUAUGGCCAUGUUAUUGUCUCGCGAAGUAGAAUUUACAAUGUGUCCUAUGCGUUUUGCAACCAAUCGAGUGCAUUUAAUAGAUUACACCGCAGCUGUGCAUAGUGAAUACGUCUUCUUCUUAUUCCGUCAUCCACGUCGCAACGAUAUACGUAACAUUUUCUUUGCCCCAUUUGUAGAAGAAGUGUGGUAUGGUAUUUUCGCUAUUGCUAUACUAGCCACAUUGUUGCUGCAAUUACACUUGCAUCACGAAAGCCGUUUCUUUUUAAAUAAAGAUCCACAAUUCCAGUCCCGUUUCGACUACGCAGUCUUAUCUAUUUUGGAGGCUUUCUUUAUGCAAGGCCCUGAACCCUACGCAUUUGCUGCUACGUCAACUCGAACGCUUAUCUUCUUCGUUUGCUUAUUUAGUUUGUUGUUGCAGCAAUUCUAUGGUGCCUUCAUUGUUGGCUCACUCUUGGCUGUAGCACCACGCACCGUUACCAAUUUAGAGGCCCUCUAUAACAGCAGUCUGGAGGUUGGUAUGGAGAGUGUUCCAUAUAAUUUUGAAUUCUUUCAGAUUAGCACCUCACCGUUGGUGAAUGCCAUAUAUGAGCGUAUUUGUAAGAAUCGAGAAAGACACAUACUAACGAUCGAAGAAGGAGCUAAGCGCAUAGCUAAGGGCGGUUUCGCCUUUCAUGUGUCAGUGAAUCGGAUGUAUAUCUUGUUGAAGGAAAUGCUGACCGAAAAGGAGUUUUGUGAUUUGCAAGAGGUGUCAGUCAUUCCAGCCCUUCACGUUGGCCUAGGCGUAGCAAAAAACUCGCCGUUUCGAGAAUACUUCACAACCUCGGUUUUACAGUUUCGUACAUCAGGCAUAUCACAGUAUAGUGCAAACCAAUGGCAAAUACCACAAAUGGACUGCAGCCUGAGUCAGAAUCAUGAAGUGGAAGUAGAUUUGCAACAUUUUUUACCAGCAAUAAUGCUAUUAGGCGCAGCGAUGCUACUCAGUGUGGGUGUAUUGAUUUUGGAGAUUUUGUACUAUAAUUUGGAAAAUGGCUUGAAGCGGACACGAUUUUGUCCACGUAUUACUAUGUCGGAUCAGGAAAGAGAAUUUAUAAACUGA